AUGGCUUCGCAAGGGGGCGUCAGCGAAAGCAGCGGCAGCGGCCGCGGCCGCGCCGCAGAGACGGGACCCUCCUACGACCGCAGCAUCACCGUCUUCUCCCCCAGGGGCCGCCUCCUCCAAGUCGAGUACGCGCUCAAGUCCGUGAAGCUGGCGGGGAUCACCUCGGUCGCCGUGCGCGGGGACGACUCCGUCUGCGUCAUCACCCAGCGGAGCAGGGCGCCGGUGGACCCGUUGCUGGACACGACGGACCCCGCCGCCUUCUCGCACCUGUUCGAGAUCACCGAGCGGCUCGGCAUGCUCACCACAGGGAUGGCAGCUGACGGAAGAUCAUUAGCUCAUGAGGCAAGAAACGAAGCUGCAGGGUUCCGUCGCAAGUGGGGAUAUGAAAUGCCUCCUAGGAUGUUGGCUCAGUGGCUCGGAGAUAGAGCACAAGUACGCACCCAGCAUGCUAAAUUGAGACCUUAUAGAGUUGUUGCUACCGUCGUAGGAAUUGAUGAAGAGAAAAGAACUCCAGAGCUCUUUACAUGUGAUCCUGCUGGUCUAGUCCUUGGUCACAAGGCAACAAGUGCAGGUUUCAAGGGCUUGGAAGCUAUCAAGUUUCUUGAGGAGAAAAUGACGGGUGAUCGUUUACCAUUCGAGUCAACCAUUGAGAUGGCAGUGUCUGCAAUGAGACACGUCCUGGAGGAUAACAAGGAAGGCCAUGACAUUGAGGUGGGCGUUGUCAGGAAGAGCUCUCCAGCGUUCAGAACUGUGUUGAAGCGUCUCCACAAAUUUCCACAAGGAGCGCAGAGUACCCUGGAUCAAGGCGGGCGGUAAUUUGUGAAUUUUCUCAAGAGAUUGACAUUAGUUGCUGCAAUUUCUUGUGUCCUGUAACGUUUUGCGUGGGAUGUCAUUUCAAUCAGACGACCACGAAAGAGCCUGCUCAUCCAUAGGCCAUUUAUUCCGUUACAUCUCACUGAGUUCUGAAACCGUAAGUGAUACAUCUGACUGCUUCCGGCAGAGCCGUGCAUGAUAGUAAGUUGACAGUGCUGAAGCUUUAACCGGUGAGAUGGCUCUGACCUUUAUUGCUCCGAUGGUUAUUCAUGCUG